AUAAUGGGAUCCCAGUUUGGCAGAAGCUCAAUUUAAAAAUCUACAGUGUUAUGAAUCUGUGUUUUUGGUAAUUUUAUGAUUCUAUCAGUUUGGACUGAAACAAGUUAUUUCAAUAUUUCUUAGUUUGAUUAUGAAUAUCAUGGUUUGUUUUGGUUUUAUCUGUUGAUUUUUUUUUCUUUUUUUGGUUAUUUAUUUUAUUUAGGGUUAGUCUCUGAAUCAAGGAGUAGUGCAUACUUGAAAGAAAUGAAUCCAUUUCAUUUUCAGUCUGUACCACCACCUCAUCCUCUUGGACCUCCUCAGUUUCCAAUGUUACCUCCUGAUCCACCAAAUUCAAGUUUAUUUUGGCAAAACCGAAAUGUUUGUGAACACCUCAGAGAAUUGCAGGACAUUCUUAAUCUUGCAAAGGCAAUGCAAAAGGAGCUAGAGAUGUUGAUGAUGAUCAAAGAUGGUAAAGUGUCUUUAGAAGAUGUGAAACAUGGAUCUAAUGAACCUUACCUCCCUGGUUUUCUAGAAUGUUUGCAAGACAGAAGGGUUAAUAUAGAAUCCCAAGAAUCGUUGGCAGUUGAAGCAGCUAAUUAUUUGAUGUCAAAGCUAAGAUCUCAGCUGGAGCCAUUCAGAUAUGUUGCGAAUGAAGUAAGUCCAUGGGAGGAGAAAUCUGCGGCUGCAAAGUUUGCGAAUAAAGUGUACAAGUCCAAAAGAAAUAAGCGCUGGCGGAAGAAGAAAAGGAAGCGUAUUGCAGAAAUGCUGGCAAAGUCCUUUCUUUAUCAAAAAAUAAAAAAUAUAGGAGCGGGAGGAAUUUCAUUGCAUUGACCGAGAAGCUGAUGAAUGGAGAGCAAGGGAGAUU